AUGUUUCAAAGCAAAGACUCUACUUUUGUGCCAUGUUCAUGUCAACAACCUACAAGUUCUAUAAGAUCUAAUAUUGAAAUUUACUGUGUUAAUGUGAAAAACGAUUCUAAUAUUGAAAUUGACUGUGUUAAUUUUGAGUCUGACGAACAUUUAGAUAAUGAGUUUGAUGAUCAAUUAGAUUAUGAAUUUGAAGAACAAGUAGAACUUUAUAAAGGGCAACCGUUUAAUACUAUCAAUGAAGCAUAUGCUGCAGUUGAGGCUUUCGCACAUUCAAAUGGGUUUGGAAUUAGAAAGGGUCGAGUUGAAAAAGACACAAGUAAUGAUCAUGAAAUUUCAAGAAUGUUUCUAUGCCGCCAUGCUGGAAAGCCGUUAAAAGAAAAAAAAUCAUAUAAGAUAGAAGAAUCUGGAUCAUAUAAGAAAAAGAGCUAUGCAGAAACUAUCGGAAUUGCUCAUAAAGCAAUCAAUAUUGCUAUUGAAAUGGAUGAUCCUGACGUGCUUAGAUUUUUAAAGGAAUAUAUUACUCGAAAAGGACAUUCACUUGUUGAGAAUACAACUAGCGUAUAUAUGCUUAAAGAACAAUCUAAGUCUAAUAUUCCUGAAACCUCAUCCGUCAGAUCAUUUGUUGAGAAUACAACUAGUAUAAAUAUACUUAAGGAAAAUUCCAAGUCUAAUAUCUCUGAAACCUCACCCAUCAGAGUUUCUAAUCUUAUAAAAAAAGAACAAUCAUCAAAAAAUCAAGGAAAACGACUUAAAUUGACACGUAGUCCAGGAACCAAUACAUGUGGUGAAUGCAGGGGUAAAGGUCAUAAUCGCCGAUGGCAUGCAAAGCAUGGAAAGAAGGUUCAUAACAUGUCAAUUAUUUGUCAACUUUGUGGUGGUAGUGGGCAUAAAAAGGAAUUGCACGACUGUGAUUCUGUUGAGGUUAAUGAUGAAAAUAAAUGGGUGAAGUCUAGUGAUUUAGAAUCAGAAUCUGAAUAA